UUGAAUCAUCGCAUUCCAACUGAGUGCGAGGCGGUGGCCAACAAGAGGGGCACCAAGAGACGGCUGAAGAACCGAGACGCUGCCCGGAAGAGCCGGCAAAAACAAACAGAAAGGGCGGACGAACUCCACCAGGAGCUCCUGACUCUGGAAGCUUCGAAUUCCGCCCUGGAAAAGGAAAUCAAAGCGUUAAAAAAAGAGAUCCGGCACUACAACAGCGCCCUGGAGCGCCACCGGCCCUUUUGUGUCCUCCGAGGUUCCGUGCAGGUGGACGCCCUCCAGACUUCCAUGUCUGUCACCUCCAAAGCGGAGCUUGGUGAAACCCCUCAUCCAAUGCCCUCAUCUGAUUUAGUCCCUUCCUCCCUAUUUACACACGCUCCUCAUUCGCUGUUUAGCAAUGACGCCCGCGUAGAAUUGCCCUCGUCCACCUUCUCCACGCUUCACCCCGAAGACAUCCUCUCAGUCACAUCUGAAAUGUUCCCCAUUGAAGAUCCAGGAGCGCCGCCGCUCGUCCCGCAUAAAUACAAGAACGCUUUAAUAUCGGCGCAGACCAACGCCGAUGGGACCUUAAAGCCGAGUCAGAUAACGCCAAGGCUCGAGUCCCUGCCGUGUUCGAUUCCCGUUCCGCCCAACACUCCAGACGGAUUUUUCCCUUUAAACACAACUUUGGUGGAGCCGUACCCGGAAGAGCUGUCGCUAUCUACCUUCCUGGAGGAAAAUGACUGGAUUCUGAAUGCGGACAAUAAUCCCACCACUCUUUAAGGUCAACCAAAAAAAAAAAAAGGUCGUGGUGGUCUUUUUUUGGCGUAAGUACCCGUGGAAACUACAGGAUUAUGACACGGGGCCCUCUUUACUUUCACUUGUGUUAUUUCCUUUUUUCAAGGGAGGGGCGGGGGCAGGGGACACUUUCUAUGUUCAUAUGCAUAUUUAUUUAUUUAAUCUCAAUGAGUAACAUUGGCUGUCAACUGAUCCACUGAUUUCACAGUUAUUUUUUGGUGCAAUUUUCGCAAAGCAGCUAUUGUGAACUAACUAACUAAAUGAAGAGUAAUAAAAAUGGCUUGAUUAGAAAUAA